UGGUGGUGACUCUGGUGAGGAAGCGCCGUCAACACCAUAGAGUCAGAGAGGCAAGUGUCAGGAGCACAACAGCAGGUGUGGCGGCCCCGAGGAGCACCAUUAGUGUACAGGGGCACGAUACCAGCCUCCCUUGACCUGUGACAUGCAUAGUGACCCCGCACCAGUCACGAGGAGCUGGGAGGCACAAUGAGGAGCUGUGUAAGAAGCACGGCUGGGUGGAGCAGCUGGCCAGACACAGCAAGGAUGGGGGGAGAGGAGCAGGUGUACCUGAGUGUGGUGCGGCAGGACAUUGUGAAAUAUGACAUGAUGGUGAAGAGCCUCAUCCAGGAGAUCCGUGAGCUUGAUGGAUCCCAGGCUGAGUUGGAUGACGUUGGUUCGUUGGUUCGCUCUCGCAUCGCUCAGCUACGAGAACAAAUUGAAGAACUAAAAAGACUGGCUCAGGAGGAGGACAACGAGGAUGAGAGACACCAACUGGCCGAGGAGGCAGCGAGGAGCGAGAAGAUGCUGCAGGACGACCACCAGGCCUUCCGCAAUGCACUGCUGGUGGCUCAGCUCACUAUCAACCAGAGGAGUAAGGAUGAGCUGCUGGCAAAGAGGCCUGUGGAGGGCGAGGGCGAGGGCGAGGGCGAGGGUGAGGGUGAGGGCAGCGGCAGCGUGCGGCAGAGGGAGCGCAGGACACGGGAGCUACUGCUGAGGGACUCGUCAAGGCUGAGUGACGACCUGCUCACGGUGACCAGACUCAUCCAGGACAACGUACAGAAGAGCAGGCAGACUGUGGAUACACUAGUGGAGGGAUCACAGAACCUGACCAGCACCCAUGAGGAACUGAAGACAAUGGGCUCCGUCAUCAGUCAGGCACGGAAAAUCCUGAACAAGUACGGGCGUCGGGAGAACACAGACAAGCUGCUAAUCUUUCUGGGUCUGGUUUUCUUCUUUGCGUCGUGCCUGGUAGUGGUGCGGAACAGGUUCAUCUUCUGAGGCGUGGGAGGACCAGCAGCAGCUUCAGUGAAAUAUACAAAUGCAGUAAAAGGUAUGUUGUCCCUCUCAACACUCCAGAGAACAACACAGUUGUAAGCUGCAAUAGCCUGUCACUGACCUGGACCAUUACAGCGCUAUCUUUGCCUUCACGAGGCACAUAAAUAUGGUGGCACUUGCUGGCUUAAGACACUUUUGCCUUAUUUCAAAACAUUGACUUUUACUCAUCAAAGCCAUUUAUUUUUAAGGUACCUAUAUGAUUAAAAAUAUCAAAUUACACAAAAAUCUAAAAACAAAUAAAAACAAAAUAAGGAUUUUGCAAUAUAAAGCAAGUCUGCACAAUUAAAAAUUAAUUAAACCAGAUUGACAAGGCAGAGAGAGGACCUGCCAGUGCCAGUGCCAUGUCUAUGUGCCCAACUCAACAGUAUGGAUUCAAUUAAUCAGCACACAUGUUUACUGAAGAGUAAUCCUAUUAAGGUAGCAAGCCUUUUUUCCAAAAUUUAUUUUUGUUAAAAUAAAAAUAAAGUUAAGAAACUUGCUUCUUACUCACUUGCAGAAUCAAACUGCUCAUAAAAGUGGCUUGCUCCAAAAAUAUAUUAAAAGUAGUUUUCCUUAAA